CUCAUUUCAGUCUUUUACAGUCAGGAGUUCGAGAUCCCUUUUUUCAAAAAUAGGUUAAUUUUUAGGCUUAGAGAUUUUUUUGGCUAUUAAAAAUAAUCACUGAAUAUAGAUCACUUACAUAUGUAUACCAUACACCAGUAAAUGCUUCCUUUUCAGGUCAUGGAAGUCAGGUGAUGCUGUGAUCAGUGCCCAAAUGUUUAGAGAGAAAGCAGCAAGUGGCAGGAAUUGAAUGAUGCCAGUAAGAGCAGUGCACUUGGCUUCUUGUGAUAUUCUGAUGACCAGAAUUUCUCCUUUGCAAGUACCUGUAAUGAGCCAUACCUUUUCAAGAACUUUCUUCAACAUUGCUGCUCCACUAGUAAAUAAAAGAAAAGAAUAUUCUGAAAGAAGAAUUAUAGGGUAUUCUAUGCAGGAAAUGUAUGAAGUCGUUGCUGUUGUGGAGAAUUACAAACUAUUUGUUCCUUGGUGUAAGAAGUCAGAUAUAUUAUCGAAGCGCUCUGGAUACUGCAAAGCACAGCUAGAAAUAGGAUUCCCUCCUGUAGUAGAGAGGUAUACAUCGGUUGUUACCCUAGUGAGACCACAUUUAGUUAAGGCAUCCUGUACAGACGGAAAACUAUUUAAUCACUUGGAAACAGUGUGGCGUUUCAGCCCAGGUAUCCCUGGUUAUCCAAGGACAUGUACAUUGGAUUUUUCAGUUUCUUUUGAAUUUCGUUCACUUCUACACUCAAAACUCGCUACGCUGUUUUUUGAUGAAGUGGUAAAGCAGAUGGUAGCUGCCUUUGAAAGAAGAGCAUCCAAACUCCACGGCCCAGAAACAAGCAUACCUCGGGAGCUAAUGCUUCAUGAAGUUCAUCACACAUAAAAGGGAAAAUUGUAACAACCUCCAUUAUAAACUUGUUUGUACACUUCAUAUGUACAAGAGGUGCCAUGCUCCUCCUUUGGGGCAUCUGUUUCAUAUCUGACCUUUGCGUGUGAUUUUAUACUGUACAGAACACACAUGUUCAGCCAGAUGUAUAUAGAAUGUUCAAGCUGCAAUCAAGUGCCACUUAAAGCAUUAUCAGUAACAGACAAUUGGCAGCUACUGUAACACGAGGUAUCUCAGGCUGCCAUUUAGUAACUUGCCAAACAGUUUGUGUAGUCAGAGUGUAAGUUCUGCCUUAUCCAAGCACAAGGGUUUUUCCUCGGCAUUGUAAUAUAUUAACUCAAGUUUAAGUUAUUAGUAGUGUGAAUGUAACUUAACAGCAUGGACUGGGCCAUCUCUGGCCCAGCAAAGGGAAACCGACACUCUAGCUUUGGGGAGUAUGGAACAGCUUGUCAAGCACUGAGUAGCAAGUGCUUUUAAUCCAAAUGAAUGACAAAGGUACAUCAGGAUGCUCCAGCUGCUGUUGAAUUCUGACCAGCAACUGCAAUAGAAAAAGAAAACACCACAGCCCGAACACUCCUGUUUUCAGAAGUGAAAUACAAGGGGAACAUGCAAUGUAAGGAGUACUGUAACUUGAGUGCAGCAGUCUCAGCUGUAGCCUGUGGUUCUCAGCUGUCUGGGCUCCAGAUGCUGAUGAACUCACAGUAUGCUUGGCAGACUGAACUUGCCUACCUGCCCCUCCUUCGCUGUUACACAUUGCACUUUGGUUACAGUAGAUACAUCUCAUCUAAUGCAGACAGUUCCCAGUUCCAACACAACUUUAAACCAAGUAAAUAAAUCUUACCUCCUUGAGAACUAGGGCACAGUUGCACAACAUUCUGUACCACAGUGCUGUCCUCCCUGGAAGGAGGGAACAAGAUGUCCUCUGCUUACCACAGAUGAGCAUGCACAAAGGUGCUUGCCCUUAAAAAACAGAUUGAGCGAGCUAAACCUCACUUCUUAGGUUUCUUCAGUACCAUACUACCAUCUAAUUAUCAGUCCAUUAUGAUGGUACCAGCUGUCUUGAUUAAAUUAGAAGAUUUCAGUAGUUCAGUAAAUUUCAGUAGUUCUAUUCUGUACAUUAACAUUCUCUUUCCCGUCUCUGAAGAAACAGAAGUGAAUAGGUUUGAACAGAUCCUAUGCUGCCUUGCAAAAGUUCCAUACUGCAAUCAGGUGAGGCUUCAGGUCAGGUGUUGAAGCUGGUCCUUUCUCCACAGUGUCCAUAAUCUGCAUGGUUACUACAGCAUGGCGCAUUAAAUAACACAGGAAGGUGUGUUCCAGGCCACAGACAGCUCUGAAGCAGUUUCAGACCAUUUAGGUACUUUUCCAGAAAGAGCCAUUGAAAUGUCACACAUCCUAUGUGUGAAAGGUAGUUCUUAUUAAAGGUAGGAAGCUGGGGAAAGUGACAGCUGGAUGAAGAGGUCAGUUUUAAAGCAAUUGUGUUUGUUAAGAUGAUCAGAGAUAAACAUACACAAGUUUGGGAACACCGUUGUUUUGAAGUCUGGAAGGCAGAAAAGACUUAAGUUAAUGUCGUUAGCUGUGUCAGGUCAAAAAACACAGCAGGCGGCCAACAAAGCUGCCAUUUUUGAGGGUAACGAAGCACCUAGUGCAAAGUAACUCAGACUAAAUCCUGGGGCCUGCUGCCAAAAAGCUGCAAGACAAGGGUGAAAGUCUCAAGGCACGGAGGUAACCACACACUACACCUGAGCAAGAGAAGUAUUAAAAACCCCACAACCCUUUCUCAGCACAAAGACUUACCUGUUUCAUACCCUCAGGGCACUUUCCCUCCCACAGUGCUGUGGAAGAUGUGCUAGGCCUGUUCCAGCCAUGAAACAAGCAGUAUAGACAGGGCAAAAUAAAGUCAAUGCACAUGCCUUAUUUUACAGCAUUGUUUAAUAUUUCAAGGAACUGUAGUGUCAGCUCAGCUUUGGUAUUUCUUACCAAAAUUAGAGUCACUUGUAUUUCUAAGAAACAUUCUAGACACAGGAACAUUUCCUGGAGGGAAACAGCCUGCUGUUCCCAAGUGUAAAGUGUCAGAUUUCUAGUAAGUCUUAGAAGCAGCAGCAGGCUGUCAAGGUUCUCCCCUGACUACGGCUUUGUGUGCAGAUGAAUAAGGUGAUACAUUGCAUAACUUUUGAGCAGUUUGUUUUAUUACAUAAAGGUCACAUAACUGUGUAUUUGCCUACUUUGUACACAAUUGUCUCAUCUCACGCACAGUGGCUUCCAAGUUCUUCUUAGUACUGGCAAGCACCAAUAAAUUCCGAAACAGAGUA